UCAUAAGAUUUUUUCUCAGUUACUAGUUUUUUUUCGUUGCAACCAUUAAUUGAUCGUAUGUCGACUCCAAAGAUGGUAACCUUGAAGAGUUCUGAUGGAGUAACUUUUGAUGUUGAAGAAUCUGUUGCUCUUCAAUCUCAAACAAUCAAACAUAUGAUCGAAGAUGAUUGCGCUGAUAACGGAAUACCUUUACCCAACGUAACUAGCAAGAUUUUGGCUAAAGUUAUUGAAUAUUGCAGGAAACAUGACGGUGAUGCUGAUGAGAAAGACAAAGAUGAGGCUAAGAACUGGGACGCUGACUUUGUUAAGGUCGACCAAAACACGUUGUUCGAUCUUAUUUUGGCUGCGAAUUAUCUGAAUGUUAAGGAGUUGUUGGAUUUGACUUGCCAGACAGUUGCUGAUAUGAUCAAGGACAAGACACCAGAGGAGAUCCGCAAGACAUUCAACAUCGAGAAUGACUUCACCCCUGAGGAAGAGGAGGAGGUCAGAAGGGAGAACCAGUGGGCUUUUGAAUGA